AUGAAGUACGUUAUUGUUUCCGGAGGAGUUAUUUCUGGCGUUGGAAAGGGCAUAGUCAGCAGCAGUAUCGGCGCACUGCUGAAGUCGAGGGGCCAUGUUGUGACACACUUUAAAAUUGACCCAUACCUGAACUACAAUGCUGGAAGGAUGCACCCAUAUGAGCAUGGGGAGGUCUAUGUCCUUGAUGAUGGACAUGAGUGUGAUAUGGAUUUUGGGAACUACGAAAGAUUCAAUGGGAUAAAGCUCUCGGGUGCCAACAGUAUACCCGGUGGGAGGCUACUUCAUGAUAUUGUAAAAUGCGAGCGGGAGGGGUCUUUUCUUGGGAAGACACUGCAGAUCAACCCGCACAUAAUAGAUGAGGUGAUCAGGAGAAUCAGGGCUGUUGCAGACACCCCUGUCGAGAGCUUCGGCGGCGGCCAGGCCGCAGUGCCAGACGUCGUCGUCGUCGAGCUCGGGGGAACCGUCGGCGAGUACGAGUCGUCGAUAUACACAGAGGCCCUGGCAAAGUUCCAGUACGUCGUCGGAAAGGCCAACUGUGCAUUUGUGUCUGUGGACUACAUCGUGGAGCUGGAGACCGGGGAGCAGAAGACAAAGGGCAUCCAGAUGGGGUGUAGGAACUUCAGGAGGUUUGGGCUCAACUACGACAUCGUCAUAUGCAGGGGCCGGAGGGAGCCGAACAUGGAGACCCGCAGGAAGAUAUCGACAAGCUGCUGGGUCAAGGAGGAGAAUGUGCUGGGGCUUCCGAACCUCGAGUCUGUGUACCUUGCGCCGAUGUUUCUUGAGAAGCACGGGAUUGUCGAGGCCCUGAACAGGAUUCUGGGGCUGGACGACAAGGGAAUGGACCGGAGGAUGCUGGACAUAUUCUCCAUGGUUGGGAGGAGACACCGGGACGGGGUGCGGAUUGGGAUAGUUGGGAAGUACGCGCCGGAGUUUGACAGCUACACGUCUCUUGUGAAUGCACUGAAGUUUUCCGGGGCGCACAUCGGGGUGAAUGUGGAGAUUGUGUGGAUUAACUCUGAGUCGUACUCUGUGUGUGACUUUGAGCGGUGCGACGGGGUUGUGAUACCUGGGGGAUUUGGGGCGCGGGGGAUUUCUGGGAAGAUUGAGGCGAUCCGGCAUGCGCGGGAGAACGGGGUUCCGCUUCUGGGGAUCUGCCUCGGGUACCAGCUGUCUGUGAUUGAGAUGUGCAGGAACAUUCUCGGGAUGUCUGAUGCAUUUUCCGAGGAGUUCCAGCCCUCGGGGAAGAAUCUUGUUGUCCGGUUUAUCAGCGACGAGAACGGGGUGGUGGACAAGAGGCUGCGUGUCGGGGGAUAUGGGGUUGAGCUGCGUGACGGGCUGGUGAAGAAGCUGUAUGGGGGCGUGGAGACUGUACGGGAGAGGCACCGGCACCGGUUUGAGGUGGCGCAGGAGAAGGUGCGCGGGCUUUUGCAGCACGGAGUGAGGUUUGUGGGGUUCAGCAGUGGAGGGAAGAAGAUAAAUGUUUUUGAGGUUGAAUCGCACCCGUUUUUUGUUGGGGUGCAGUUCCACCCUGAGUUCAAUGCAAGGCCUGACCGCCCACACCCUCUGAUAACCGGGCUUGUGUCUGCAUCGUACGAAAGAUCGAAAUAA